CUGCCCGGCUCUCCUGCGCGCUGUCACCCUGCAGCUCGGGCGCUGGCGCCUCCUCCCACCCACUGUCAUUGGCUUUACUCCGCAUGAAGCAGAGUCAAUCUAGGAAGAACCCCCAGGGUUGUGGGGUAUUGGAAGGGUGAUUUUUUGGGGGGAGGGGGUGAGGAGGAUUGGUUUGAUUAGUAUAUGCUUAAGAAAAUCAAUAUCUCAAAGAAAAAGAAAAAUCUCAGGGUCUAGGUUUUUUUUUUUUUUUUAAUCGGUUACUUAAAAGGUCCUUUUAAAGGAUCUCUCACCUGGGAGCAAUUUCAAAAGAUAAGUUGGACUUUAUUCCAAGAUGCCCAAAGACACCCAUUAGAAAAGAAAGUGGAGCCAACGCAAGGCAUAAACCUCAAACGUCGAAAUCUCUAGGUGUCCCGCGGGGGUUGUGGUUUGGUAAUUGCACAACCUAUAGUUUUGAGCAUAAGGAGGUGAUUCUGGCCUUGAAAAUGGGCAUUGAUCAAAGUUCACUCCGUUUAUAAUUCCGUGGCCGACGUUGUGUUCAUUUUGGCUCAAUGUUCUCUUAUCCAAACUUGAAAUAGAAAAAAAGCUUCAGUAACCUUAGUUUAAGAUUCCUUACAUGUAGACAGUACUUGGUUCUUCUCUAGGAGUCAGCCAAAGUGCUGUAAAAUCUCUUCUCACUUUGGGCUUCAUUAUGGAGCCUUAAAAUGUUAUCAAUAGUACAGUUUGCACCCUAGGUACGGGUAUGACUGCACAUAUGCUGUGACUCUACAUCGUGUACAACCAGAGAAAUGAAAAGUUGUGCUCCAUUUGUGUACAAUGAAUCGAAAUACAUUCUGCUGUCAAGUAUAACUAAUUAGAACAAAUAAAAAAAAGAAUAGUACAGUUUGUAGAAAUGUAUAGUACUUUCUUGUCAAGUGAGGAUGUUUUUGUUACCAUUCUUACUUCAAAAUGUUUAAAUUUGUUUCUUUUCUUGCCACCUCUGAUUCAUUUUAAACCUAUAGUUUCGUUUUUUCUUCAUUUUUCUCUUCUGAUAGUCCUUUAGAAUUCUACUGUCUUAACUUCAAAAAUUAGUCGAAUAAACCAGAGCAUCUUGAAGAAAACAAAGAAAUUCAACACUUGAAUAUGAAUCAAUGAUCCCAAUACUUCACAAAUUCUCAAAAUUCUGUUUCUUAGUUUUGUCCACUUUUUCCUAUUCUAUUGUUUCCCAUUACCAUCUCCUAUUUCUUCAGCCUCUCUCCUUUAUUUAUUUGACCGCAUCAGUAUGAUCUCAAAUUCUGUAUAGGAUAAAAUAAAACCUAGGAAGAGAUCAUUGAUUAGGAUACAUUUAAACCAGAUAUAGUUAACAAACUAUUAGAGCUCUGUCAUUAGUUUAUAAUUUGUGUGUGGGGGGUGGAGACUGGUGACUGAAUGAACCUAGGGGUGCUCUAGCUGAGCUACAUCCCCAAUAUUUUCAUUUUUUAUUUCAAGAUAGCAUCUUGCUGAGUUGCAGAGGAUCUUGCUAAGUUAUUGAGACUGGCCUGGAACUUGCAUUCUUUCUGCUCAGCCUCUUAAGUGGCUGGAAUUAGAGGCAUGCCCCAUCACCCCUGGCCUGACAUUAGUUUAUUAUUCUAUAUUCUAAAUAAACUUCUCUUUUUUUUUCAAGAAAAUAUUUUGAAAUAUAUUGAAUUAAACAAUCUGUUAUUUUAUAGAAUUGAUAAGAAUGUAUUUGCUUGCUGUAAAAUAGUCCUGAAAGGUUUUUAUUAUCAAAUUUUAAGUAUCUUUUCAUUUUCUCUCUAAUUUGUUAAAAAUUACUAAGGAAUACAGGCAACAUGUUCUACACCCAUGUGCUUAUGAGUAAAAGAGGGCCACUGGCCAAAAUAUGGCUCGCAGCUCACUGGGAGAAGAAACUUACAAAGGCUCAUGUAUUUGAAUGUAAUCUAGAGAUAACCAUUGAAAAAAUUCUUUCACCUAAGGUGAAAAUUGCACUUCGAACUUCAGGACACCUUCUUUUGGGAGUUGUUCGAAUCUAUAAUAGGAAGGCAAAAUAUCUUUUGGCAGAUUGCAGUGAAGCAUUUCUUAAAAUGAAGAUGACAUUUCGCCCAGGACUGGUUGAUCUCCCAAAAGAGAAUUUUGAAGCAGCUUACAACGCUAUCACAUUACCAGAAGAAUUUCAUGAUUUUGACACCCAUAAUAUGAAUGCAAUUGAUGUUACAGAACACUUUACUCAAAACCAAAGUAGACCUGAAGAAAUUACACUUAGAGAAGAUUAUGGCAAUGAUCUACUUUUCCAAGCAGGGAGCUUUGGGGAAGAAUCUGAAAUUCUUAGAAGACAUAGCUUCUUUGAUGACAACAUAUUACUGAACUCCAGUGGUCCUUUAGUUGAACAUAGUUCUGGAAGCCUUAUUGGAGAAAAGUCUUUCUUCUAUGACAGUGGAGAUGGAUUUGGAGAUGAAGGAGCUGCAGGAGAAAUGAUUGACAAUCUAUUGCAGGAUGAUGAGAAUAUCCUGUUAGAAGACAUGCCUUUGAACAGAGAAAUCUCCCUUCCUCCUGAGCCUCCCCAUGCUACAGUGGUAGAACCAGAUAAUCCAGAUUACAUGUGUCUACCUGAAAAUGAAAAAAUGAAUGAAACAACAUUAUUGUCAAAUGAAGAGGAAGGAUUUACUCUUGAUCCAAUCGAUAUUUCAGACAUUACUGAGAAAAGGAAGAGCAAAAAGAGAAAACUGCUCAUUGAUCCAGUCAAGGAGAUCAGUAGCAAAACUAUGCAUAAGCAACUUACUUUCUUUUCGGAUACACUCAUGGUUUUGGAACUUGCACCUCCUACCCAGAGAUUAAUGAUGUGGAAGAAGAGGGGAGGAGUGGACACCCUGCUGUCAACUGCUGCCCAGGAUCUGACUCAUGCUGAACUGAAAAUGUUGUUUACAAAGUGCUUUCUGUCCUCUGGCUUUAAACUUGGAAGAAAAUUGAUACAGAAGGAGUCAGUAAGGGAAGAAGUGGGAAACCAAUACAUAAUAGACGUCUCCAGGGUAGAAGAACCACAUUACCAGAAAGAGUUAAUUCAACCCCAAACUUGGAAGGAUGUGAUUGAUGAAUUUAAGGGUAACUCUCAUGAGAAUAUCAAUAAACAUAUUAACUCUGAGCAGGAUCUUAUCGAAAUGGUUUAUUCAGCUGCUGAAGAAUCACCUUUGAUGAAUGCUUUCUUGACCCAAGAAAAUUGUCAGGUUGAAUUGGAGUCAUUGGAGAAUGAACAAAACACUGAAGCAGAGAGAUGGAAUAGAAGAUUACUUCAGAUGUUAAAUAGUUUGCGGGAAUCCAACAAGAUGGGAAUGCAGUCCUUCAGUCUGAUGAAACUCUGCAGAAAUAGUGACCGAAAGCGAACCGCUGCCAAGUUUUAUAGCUUUCUUGUUCUAAAAAAACAGCAGGCUAUUGAGCUGAACCAGAGUGCUCCCUAUGCAGAUAUUAUAGCUACAGUAGGACCAAUGUUCCAUAAGUUGUGAAGGAAACCAGAACAUGCAGGUUUAUGCCAUCACUGGCAUUUCCGCAUUGAUUGUUCAAUUUAAUACAGAAGCCACCUGGAAACUGCCGAAGUUCUGACAUCUCAUAGGUCAGAUGCCUAUUUCUAUUCCCUCUCUAGGAUUCAGAUCCUAUUCCCUCUCUGUAAAUUCAAAAUAAUCAUAGACAGGAUUGGAAAACUAGAUGCUUACAGAAAUACUUCAUUAUAACUAAUUUUUUUUGAAUGUAGAGCCUUUAUCAUUUCCUUGAUUUGAAUGUUGUAUUUAGGCUACAUUUAGGAUUA